CGGCGAGCGGGGAGACCCCGGCGCGGCAGAGCCAUGGAUGGCCCGACGCGGGGCCCUGGACUCCGCAAAAAGCGGCGGUCGCGGUCGCAGCGAGACCGGGAGAGGCGCUCCCGGGGCGGGCUGGGGGCUGGCGCGGCCGGCGGUGGCGGGGCCGGUCGGACCCGGGCGCCCUCGCUCGCCUCGUCGUCCGGCUCGGACAAGGAAGACAAUGGGAAGCCCCCGUCCUCCGCCCCGUCCCGGCCCAGACCCCCGCGGAGGAAGCGGAGAGAGUCCACCUCGGCUGAAGAGGACAUCAUUGAUGGAUUUGCCAUGACCAGCUUUGUCACUUUUGAAGCGCUGGAGAAAGAUGUAGCACUUAAGCCUCAGGAACGUGUGGAGAAAUGCCAGACGCCUCUGACCAAGAAGAAACGAGAAGCACUUAGCAAUGGCUUGUCCUUUCACUCCAAGAAGAGCAGACUCAGCCACCCCAACCAUUACAGCUCAGACCGGGAAAAUGACCGCAAUCUCUGCCAGCACCUUGGGAAGAGAAAGAAAAUGCCGAAGGGACUCAGACAGCUCAAGCCAGGGCAGAACAGCUGCAGGGACAGUGACAGUGAAAGCGCCAGUGGAGAAUCCAAGGGCUUCCGCAGGAGCAGCUCUCGGGAAAGGCUCAGUGACAGUUCAGCUCCUUCCAGCUUGGGAACAGGCUACUUCUGUGAUAGCGACAGCGACCAGGAAGAGAAGGCAUCAGAUGCCAGCUCUGAAAAACUCUUCAAUACUGUUAUUGUAAACAAAGAUCCGGAGUUAGGUGUUGGCACGCUACCCGAACAUGACAGCCAGGAUGCGGGGCCGAUUGUCCCCAAGAUAUCGGGUCUAGAGAGAAGCCAGGAGAAGAGCCAGGACUGUUGCAAAGAGCCGAUCUUUGAGUCCGUGGUGCUUAAAGACCCCUGCCCUCAGGCCCCACAGCCGCUGCCCCAGCCCCAGGUGGAACCCCAGCCCCGAGCUCCUUCUCCAGGCCCUGACUUGGUGCCGCGCACAGAGGCCCCACCUCAGCCCCCAAGGCCAAGCACACAGCCGCCCCAGGCACCCCCAGAGGUCCAGCUGCCACCCGCGCCCCCGCCCCCGGCGCAGAGGCCACCCCGGCCGCAGUCGCCCAGCCAGCUGCUCCACCAGAGCCUGCCUCCCGUGCAGGCCCACCCCUCGUCCCAGAGCCUCCCCCAGCCUUUGUCAGCCUACAACAGCAGUAGCUUAAGCCUCAACAGUUUAAGCAGAGGUAGCCCGCCCGCGAAGACUCAGCCGGCCGCUCCGCACGCCUCCCACCACCCCUCGGCCUCCCCGUUCGCCCUCUCGCUGCCCAGCCACAGCCCCCUGCACAGCUUCACACCCACCCUCCAACCCCCCGCGCACCCCCACCACCCCAAUAUGUUUGCCCCUCCCACUGCCCUGCCUCCUCCACCGCCUCUGACAUCAGGGAGCCUGCAGGUGCCCGGACACCCAGCCGGGAGCACUUACUCAGAGCAAGACAUUUUGCGGCAGGAACUGAACACGCGCUUCCUGGCGUCGCAGAGCGCAGACCGCGGGGCGUCCCUGGGGCCCCCGCCCUACCUGCGCACCGAGUUCCACCAGCACCAGCAUCAGCACCAGCACACGCACCAGCAUACGCACCAGCACACCUUCACGCCGUUCCCACACGCGCUCCCGCCCGCUGCCAUCAUGCCCACGCCGGCACCACCCAUGUUUGACAAAUACCCUACAAAAGUUGACCCAUUCUACCGGCACAGUCUCUUCCAUUCCUACCCUCCUGCGGUAUCGGGCAUUCCCCCUAUGAUUCCGCCCACUGGUCCUUUCGGUUCACUACAAGGAGCAUUUCAGCCCAAGACAUCCAAUCCUAUCGAUGUGGCUGCUCGACCUGGGACAGUCCCACACACACUACUCCAGAAGGACCCAAGGUUGACAGAUCCUUUCAGACCUAUGUUAAGGAAACCAGGGAAGUGGUGUGCUAUGCAUGUUCACAUUGCCUGGCAGAUCUACCACCAUCAACAGAAAGUUAAGAAACAGAUGCAGUCAGAUCCACAUAAGCUGGACUUUGGACUGAAACCAGAGUUCCUGAGCCGCCCUCCAGGUCCCAGUCUCUUUGGAGCCAUUCACCACCCCCAUGACCUGGCACGGCCUUCAACUUUGUUCUCUGCCGCUGGUGCUGCACACCCAACUGGAACCCCUUUCGGGCCGCCUCCUCAUCACAGCAACUUCCUUAACCCUGCUGCUCACCUGGAGCCUUUUAAUCGUCCAUCUACAUUCACCGGCCUGGCAGCAGUUGGUGGCAAUGCCUUCGGGGGACUUGGGAAUCCUUCAGUUACACCCAACUCAAUGUUCGGCCACAAGGAUGGCCCCAGUGUGCAGAACUUUAGCAACCCUCACGAACCCUGGAACCGGCUGCACCGAACACCUCCGUCGUUCCCGACCCCUCCGCCAUGGCUGAAGCCAGGCGAGCUGGAGCGUAGCGCGUCCGCUGCAGCUCAUGACAGAGAUAGAGAUGUAGAUAAACGAGACGCCUCUGUUAGUAAAGAUGACAAAGAAAGGGAAAGCGUUGAGAAAAGACACUCCAGCCACCCUUCACCAGCACCCGCCCUCCCAGUGAGCGCCCUGGGACAUAACCGCAGCUCUGCCGAACAGAUCAGGGGUCAUUUGAACACUGAGGCUCGCGAGAAAGACAAACCCAAAGAGAGGGAGAGAGACCACUCGGAAUCCCGGAAGGACCUGACCGCCGACGAGCACAAGGCAAAGGAGAGCCACCCGCCCGAGAAGGAUGGCCACGGCCACGAGGGCCGAGCCGUGGGUGAGGAGGCCAAGCAGCUGGCCCGGGGGCCGUCACCAUACGUGCGUACACCCGUCGUGGAGAGCGCCAGGCCCAACAGCACCUCCAGCCGCGAGGCUGAGCCGCGCAAGGGUGAGCCAGCCUACGAGAACCCCAAGAAGAGCUCAGAGGUCAAGGUGAAGGAAGAGCGCAAGGAAGACCAUGACCUGCCCCCAGAGGCCGCCCAGAACCACCGGCCUUCGGAGCCACUGCCUCCGAGCUCCUCAUCCAGCGUGCACCCCGGGCCCCUGGCCUCGAUGCCCAUGACGGUGGGGGUGACAGGCAUUCACCCCAUGAACAGCAUCAGCGGCCUGGACAGGACUCGCAUGAUGACGCCUUUCAUGGGCAUCAGCCCCAUCCCGGGCGGUGAGCGGUUCCCGUAUCCUUCUUUCCACUGGGACCCCAUCCGGGACCCUCUGAGGGAUCCCUACCGAGAACUUGACAUUCACAGGAGAGACCCGCUGGGCAGGGACUUUCUGCUCAGGAACGACCCUCUCCACCGCCUCUCGACCCCCCGGCUGUAUGAAGCUGAGCGCUCCUUCCGGGACCGGGAGCCUCACGAUUACCACCAUCACCACCCCCACCCGCUGUCUGUGGACCCGCGGCGGGAGCACGAGCGAGGGGCACACCUGGACGAGAGGGAGCGCCUGCACAUGCUCCGGGAGGACUACGAGCACACGCGGCUCCACUCUGUGCACCCCGCCUCCCUCGACGGACACCUGCCCCACCCCAGCCUCCUCGCCCCUGGCCUGCCCAGCAUGCACUACCCCAGAAUCAGCCCCCCGUCGGGGCACCAGAACGGGCUCCUCAACAAGACCCCACCCACAGCGGCGCUGAGCGCGCCCCCACCGCUCAUCUCUACACUGGGGGGGCGCCCCGUCUCCCCCCGCAGGACUACUCCUCUGUCUGCGGAGAUGCGGGAGAGGCCCCCUUCCCACACGCUGAAGGAUAUCGAAGCCCGGUAAGGAGAUCAGGACACAGAGGAGGAAGAAACCCCACAGCAACAGCCGGCGUGCUUUGGAGCGUGGGGGAGAGAACGAACCGUUCUCCUGGACAGGGGGCAGAAGCCCCACGCCUCCCCUUGUAAAAAAUGUACAGGCUCAGUGCAGAUUUUGAAAUGUUUUGUAUAUUAUAUGUUGAAAUUUUUCAGAUCUUUUAGGUAAGUCAUAUGUUCUCAUGUCUCCGACUCUUUUGGUUUCACGUAUAAAACUUUUGAUUUGAACCAAAACAGUGAAGAUGACAGCACACACCAGUUUGGUGAUUAUCGGGGAAAGCAGAAUCAAACACCCGUCCCCACAGCCCACUGGGCAAACCUCUGUCAGAUGAGGAGGGAAGGCCAUGUACAUAGUUAUGUAAAAAAAAAAAAAAAGAUUGCUUCAUGAGCUAAUGGUUCAUAUAUGCAAAAGGGUAAGAUGAAAGCUUUACUUUGUACAAAUGUAAAUAGAUAAAGAUUAAGUAACAUAAUACAUUAAUACUUCUUAAAAUGUGCUAUUUGCAAACUUAAUCUCAGUGAACACAGUCGGCUGUGGCUGUGUUCCCAUAUAUUGUUAUAGACAGCUAAACCCUUCAACUAUGCAAUGAAUGUUAGGGCUUUUCACAAAAGCCCACCUAAUUCAAAGGAGCCUUUUCAAACCCAUUUACAACAUACUUAAGGUCAUAUUUUCCCUGAACAAGCGCUUAUGUGAUAGGACUCUCUUUUCCUUGCUUGUUUUUUUCAAACGGAGAAACAUCCUAUUUUCAAAGUGGACCCCAGGCUGAAACUUUGCAUCUGAAGCUGCUGCUGUGGGCUCUUGGGGGAGUGCAGCCCCAUCAAGGGAACGAGGAUGCAGGCAGCCAGUGCCAGGGAGGAGGGGUGUUGUCAGAUGCCAAAAUCAGGGGACACAAACAGGUCGCCAGCAUCUUGUCACCAUAACGUAAUUUCACACACACCUCAUUGUGGGAGCCAUAUGUUUUUUAGUGUGUCCUAUUUCAUAUCUGUAUACACCCUCUCAUUUUGUAAUGAGGUUUAAUUAUACCCAAACAGAUCCUGAAAGAAAGCUUCAAGUUUUCUCAGAUGAUGGAUAUGUUUUCACCGUAUUCAAUAGCUGAUGAAGUUAAGGUGCACUUUUCCUAAUGUGACUCAUGUUCCAGUUGGUAAAGUCUGGGAAUAGCUUCACAGGCCUACAUGGUGGAGCCAUGGGGAGUUGCAGAGGGUGAAAGGUGGCAGAGACAAAGUCUUGUGUGUGCGUGUGUUUUUAAGUUUGCAUCAAUCUUAAUGUUUCUUCAUAAUACUUUUAUAUAAUACAUUAAGCCUCUUGUCUACAUAUUUGGAGAGAAUAUGACUUUACUAGCAGAGAAAUACAAUAUAUCUUGUCUACUGGACUGUAAAAUAUAUGUAUGAAAUAAAAUUAGUUCCAUUUGGUCUUCUAGUAUAUUAAAGUGCUAUCUGAUGUUGUUAUCCUGUUUUUGCAAAAAAAAAAAGUUAACUACAGGCCAUUGUUUCUAAUAAGCAGAGAGAUCUAUUUUAGUAGUAAACUGAAGGUUUAGUUGUGAGCUUCAGAUUUUUGUGAACUCCAAAUGUUGUGCAGUGCUUUUUCUUUUUUUUUAAGACAACUAAAAAGAAAAAAAAUCCAAGGAAUAUGUACACUGGAACGGUAGUGGUAGAUUUUAGUAUUGUAAAGAGAUUGUUCUAUACAGACCUUUUUGCUGUUAAUCCUGUAUGUAAUAAAGUCCUUUCUAGGUCCUGUGUGAGAAGAAAGUGCAGCGACUGACUCUCCAGCAUGUUCUCAUCGGCGGAGCCUUCUUGUGUAAUGUAAACUGUGCCAUGUUAUUAAAAAAUGUGAACUAAG